AAAAAAAACAUAUAUUCAAAUCUUUUUACUGAAAAAAGACAGACAAUAAUAGUGCGACAAUUUCUUUGCCCGCUUGACUGCAAUUCACUUGAAUCGAGUCCUAUUUGUAAUUAUUUACAAUGGAAACACUUUGUCCUUCUUAGUGAGUGGACCAAGAUCGUAAUGGCUAUUGCUCAGUCUUUCAACAUUUUCUCGUAAGAAAAUUCAUGGCUCAACUACAUCUCGUUUUAGUUCAGAUAGGAAAUCCCUCAUUAGGAGCUGCACUAGUGCGGCUGGCUCGAAACGCUCGAGUGAAGAGACGUCUGCCGUUCAGAAUAAUGUUUUGAAAUAAUUUCUCAUUCAUGCAGCUCAGCUAUUAAAAUUGAGCAAAAACUUAUAUUUGGGUCAGGUAGGUAGGGUUAACAAUGUUGCCUCUGAUACGCCUCAUUAGAGUGAAAGGGUUACCCAUAUUGCAGCAGCUUCAGCUGGAGGAGAGAUUACUUCGCACCACUUCGCACAACUGGUGCAUUAUAAAUGACGGCACGGAUGCUCCCACUAUCGUCAUGGGCAUUUCAGGGAAACCAGAGCAAUUGAUUGAAGUGGAGCCCGCUUUGCGCGAUCGGAUUCCUGUAAUUAAGCGGUUUAGCGGUGGAGGCACUGUCAUCGUUGACGGAGAUACAGUUUUCGUGACAUUAAUUUGCAAUCAGGGCGCUGUUCCCACUCUGCAACUUUAUCCUCACCCCAUCAUGGCCUGGACGGAGCAGUUUUAUGCCCCUGCCUUUAGAAGAAUCCCGGAUUUCCGCCUACGAGAACACGACUAUGCUCUUGGGGAUCGUAAGUUUGGUGGUAAUGCACAAUCUAUAACAAAAGGUCGGUGGCUUCAUCAUACAUCAUUUCUGUGGGAUUACAGAGCUCAAAACAUGGCGUAUUUGAAACUUCCAUAUCGUGCUCCAAAGUAUCGUCUGGAACGGUCUCACAGUGAUUUCAUCUGUUCUUUGAAGGAUUUGUCAUUUUCAAGGGAAAUUUUUCUUGAAAACAUAGUUGCUGCACUCACAGCUCAUUUCUCUUUAGAAAAAGUCGAGGUAAAAGAUAUUGAUCUACCAGUUGACAAUAAAUAUCCACAUACCACUAGGGUUCUGACCACGGAAGAACUCAGAGGGCAGUAAAUUCUUUAUGCACAGGAAAUGAAUUCGGGAAUAAAAAUUGAGGUAGCCAAAUAGUAGCUGGUAUUGUCGUAAACAUGGUCAUCUUGCAAAGGAUUUCUUCAAGGGGAAGUUUGGUAUUGGAGAACUUGAUACAAAACAGGUAAAGCCUCAAGAAACAUUAAAGUCGUUCUUUUGGGUUAUAGUAGUUAUUUGACAGUUAAAGGCAUCAACAAUUUGAAUGACAAUGGCUAAGCUGGUUUCAAGAUGUAAGAGUUAUCUACUCCAUUUCUCAAAUUGCAAAAUGAAAUCUGAAAGUAUAAUUGUAUUCAAAAGAUUGUAUAAUCAGAGAAUGGAUAAUGGCGUCAUAUUUGUGGUUUCCAAU